CUGUGAAGGUUCCCAGUCAGUUAAGAAGUAACAAGUGAAGAGAAAUGUUUGAGUUGAGAGUGUUUCUGGCCGGUUUGGCUCUUUUGGCUGGGUUUUGGGGCUGUGAUGGGCACACGUACCAUCUGGGCGGGUGCCCAAACAUCGAACCCAUGCCCGCCUUCAGCAUGAAAAAGAUGUUGGGGAUCUGGUAUGUCGUGCAAAAAACCAGCACCGCCAGCACUUGCAUAACUUAUAAUUUCACCGAAACGGAAGAACCGGGGGAGUACCUACUUGAACAGACUAGCCAACACUUCGUGCUAGGGCUGACACCCUUAAAACACGAAUAUCACUACACUGGCCGUUUGUCCAUCCCUGACGACGCCGUUCCUGGCCGAAUGAAAGUCAGAUUUCCGCUUAGUGUUGCCGGAAGUGCCAGUUAUACGGUUUUCAUGACAGACUACGAUACAUAUGCUGGCAUUUUCACGUGCCAAAAGUUAGGUUUUGCACACAGACAAUCAGCCACGAUUUUAUCGCGGGAGAAGACUUUGGAACAAAUUUACAUCGAUAAGAUCAGGUCCAAGUUGGCUGCGGCCAAUAUAGACCCGUUUGAUUUGUCAAUUAUUAGUCAGAAAAACUGUCCAAAGGGCGAAAAUGGGACGAAUAUUAACAUCGACGAUGAAACUUUUUCGGCGCACUCGGUGGCUGGGGUUAUAAAGAAAGCGGGCGAGAAAAUCGGAGAUGGCGUUGAGUAUGUGGCCGGAGGGGCGAAGAAAGUCUACAAUAAAGUUGCCGAAAAUAUCGGAGAUGAUAAGGACGAGAAGAGUAAAUUAGUCACGAUUAACCCGAAUGCCGAAUGGUUGCCGUAAAAAGCAAUCAGGGGGUGAAAAAGUGCCAAAUAUUGUGUAAGACUGUUAAAAAUAAAUUUUUCCAAAAGAAAAA